UCGAUCGCCGAUAGUUUCGGGUUUAGCUAGCCGCAGGAACAGCUGGGGCGAAAUACGACAGCUACAUACCAAUCCUGCUCGGACCUACAAGCCACGCGUUAGUUUGCUCGGGAGACUCUUUAACCAGUGGAUGUUAUGGCUGAGAAUAUCUUUCUCAAGGCAAAACAUCGGACAUUCAGCGGACUCACUGAAGAUGCAGAGCAUGAAUGGACUGGGCCAUUUUUCUUCAUCCAAGCUGCAGACCCCCAGCUUGGGCUGAUGAAGGCCUGGAGGGACGGCGACUGUGACGGCGGAGGGGACGAAUGGGCCGAGGAAGUGGAGCUCACUAAGCAGGCUUUGGAGGCCGUUAACCAACUCAGACCAAAGCCGAGGUUCAUGGUGCUGUGUGGUGACCUAGUCCACGCUAUGCCAGGUACACCCUUUAGAGAAGGUCAGGAGAGAGACCUGAAGGCUGUCUUGAAGGAGGCCGAUCCCUCCAUUCCAUUGGUGUUUGUCAGUGGAAACCAUGACCUGGGUAACACCCCCACUCCCAGCACAGUGGAGCAGUACUGCAGGGCUUGGGGGGAUGACUAUUUCAGCUUCUGGGUGGGCGGAGUUCUCUGCCUGGUUCUGAACUCCCAGCUGUUCUUCGACGCCUCGGCCUGCCCUCAGCUGAGGGAGGCUCAGGAGACCUGGCUGGAGGCACAGCUGAGCAGAGCAUCCUCCUCCUCUUCAACGGAACAUAAACCCAAGCACAUCCUAGUGUUCCAGCACAUUCCUCUGUACCUAAAGAGCCCUGAUGAAGAGGAUGACUACUUCAACCUGGAGAGGACAGUCAGACAAAACCUGCUGGACAGGUUCAAGAAGGCAGGGGUUAAGGCGGUCUUCUCCGGCCAUUAUCACCGUAACGCCGGCGGCUGCCAUGGCGGUCUGGACAUGGUCGUAACCUCUGCCAUCGGUUGCCAGCUGGGAGAUGACGUCCAUGGCAUCAGGGUGGUGGUAGUGACUGCAGAUGAUGUUAUCCAUCGCUACUACAGCCUGGAGCAGCUGAGGGGGCGAGGCAUAGACGAGGACCUCAAGAAACUCCUGCAGGCCUGAGAACAGGCUGAGGGGAAGACUGGAACAACGAAAAAGCUGGGUAUUUUGUUAACUGGUUGGUUUAAUGUAUCGUUUUUAGCACAUUUAUGCAUUCAAGUCAAUAAUGGGAUUUUCGAAUCAUUGAUACUACUUGAGAUCACUUGCUCCAAUAUGACAAGACUUUAUCAUCAAAAAUUCAGUAUAUUCAUCAUAGUGGAAAUAUCAGUUUAAAUAGUUAGGAUACAAAAGCAGUGAAUUCAAAGCCAGCAAAAAUGUCAGUCACACAUUGUAAAGUGGACAGAAUCUUCCAGUUUAUGUUGUCUCUACUGAAUGUUUUCCUGCGAGCAUCUCUUGGAGGAUUGGAAGUUAUCUCCACUCCUACUCUCCUAAAAGCACUGCGCAAGGAUCGUUGAAUGUGUUUUAAAACUAGUAGUUCUUCUGUUGAGAAGCACAGUCCUCUUGUAUCUGAAGUAGCAUUACAUCCUCAGGCACUAACUCUGUCCGUCUUUGCAGUCCAGUGCAUGUGUUAUCUGUGUAACUUCGAACCUAUCCAGAGUUUUCCAUCCUUAAAAGAAGAUUCCAGCUUAAAAUGCUUUCUGCAGAGCCCAACGCGAGGCAGAUUCAGGGUGUGUUUGCUAAAUUCACCUUUGGGUUCUUCGUCAAAGGCAUUAUGGGAGAUGUAGGAAGCAGCAAGGCUGUGUAAAAAGCAUGAAACUGAGUAAAAAGUUUGGACUCUGAAUACAAGUUCAUCUCUUCUUUCUUUAAUUUGAUCAGUUUGAGAGUAUGAAAAGUUGGAAUUUUCCUUUAAUUUUCCUAAAUUGUCUUCUUUGCUCUUGCUGCAGUCUAUCGCCUUUUUGGCCAUCCUAUGCAAGCUAUUAACAUCACAUGUCUGUGCUUUCUGUUUAAUGUGGUUCUGUUUAAUUGUUGAGCUGACCUCCUAUUAGACACCCCCUCCCCCGUUUGUUUUUUUAAACAGCUUUUAGAGUCUUUGAAUAUAUAUUGACCUCAAAGAUUGUUCUUUGUCAAGUUUGUUAUCAUUAACAUUGAUAAUUUUGCUUUAACUAUGACUAAUUUUAAAGUUAUGGUACUUGUAGUUUCAGUGGUUGACUGAAAAAAUACUGAGCAACAAGUGUUUGAUGCUUUCACUGCCUUUCCUGUGACCACUUCACAAUAAAAACCUGCCCAUGUUUGGCCAGUUAUGCACUCGAGUUGCAGCUCUGAGACAGUUUUGGAGAGAAAGCAAACGAUGAGGCUGAGAUCUGGGACAUAAAAUGGAAAAACUGCCGCACAAACUGGUGCUUCCAGUGUAGCUAGCAGAUAUCCAGACUUUGUGUUUCAUGUGGUGGUCAUUGUUUACGAAUGCAGAAAUGUUAUUUUUAAAAGCAAUAAGAAAAACAAAGAUAGAUCGAAGCCGAUGUUUGUUUUUGUUUUUGUUUUUUGCAUUUCAGCAAAUUUAGUUCCUCUUUUGCUCUUCGCACAGAUUCCAACUUACAUGCAACCAAAACCAGCUUAGAUGUGACUGGUCAUUAAAAAAGCAACUGCAUAUUCAUAUGCAGAGGAUUGUUUACACAGAUUACAUGCUGCACUGCUUAACGUGUGUGCGAAGUCAAUUUAAAGCCUUUGUGGAAAUGGCGGACGCCGCCACUAACAAGAGAAUCUAGAUGAAUAGCUGAUUACACAAUGUAAAUAAAUUGGAUGGCAUAAAAUGGGACCAUAAAUAGAUUCUAUAAUGGUUUUUGAUUUAAUAAAAAUCUCUAGAAAAAUUUAAGAUGGCAUCAUAUUGCUCCAUUACCGACAAAUGACUGUAGUGCGAAUGUUGCAAUAUCCACGAGUGGCUCCUAGUUAUGAUUUUUAUUGAAGCAUAGAUCAAACUGACUGUGAUUUUUCUCUCACUGUGAUGCUGUUGCAGUGAAAAAUAUUUCAUCAUUAGACUAGAGCUCGAGUCAAAAUUCAGGAUGCAGUGGCUCACGUUUCGAGCGCACCUAAUCGCUUUAAUCUGCACGCGUCAGAAUCUGCGGAGCAACCUGGACCUGCAGAAGUAAAUAAAAAAGAAUAAAGUGCAAUUGUCCAUUGAAAGACAAACUAAAGGAGAUUUCAGACUGAUGAAACACAGCGAUGGUGAUGUGGUCUUUUGGUGGGAGGAGGACAGUAUUUCCUGAGUGUUUACUCACAGUAUUACAGUCUACUGGCUGCAGGCUUAUUUGGGAGCCAGCUGUACUGGAAUUGUCUUUUAAAAUGAACAUUUCUGCAACUAAAUGACUUUCUCUGUGAGCCCUAAAUGACUCUACUCGAUUACACUUUCCACACACAGACUCAUACUCUCCCUGACCGACUGGGAACCUAAGAGAGUUGUCAUGGCAACCUUUUAGCAACACAUCUGUGUGUGUCUCGGAGAGCGACUACGAGUGUUAGUCUACUCGUGUCUGUGUGUGUGUGUGUGUGUGUGGUUGUGUUCGUCCGUGGUCUGGUGAGUACUGUAGGUGAUUUUCCAUUGGCGAUGUGAUCGCUGACCUCAUUUCACACUGACGGAUUCUGUCUCUUUUCCAAAAAGUCAGCGUGUGAUAGAAGGGGGAGGCGGCAUCUGAGAGGAAUGGAUAAUGAGUGUGAUGUGUGAAAGACGACUGAGUCCAUCUCCUUCAUUUCCUGUCUGAGAAGGAACCUUAUGUCCUUAUCUAUUUUUAUAUCCUCCGGGUAGCCGAGCUCAGCCACUUUGUUCUUUAUCUGUUUUGAGCAUGUGUGUGUCUAAAUUUUGUUUUUGUGCGUGUUUGUUCGAUAAAUUUUGGGGGACAUUGCACACUUUGAGUUGUUCCUGUGUUGAAUUCUUAUGAAUGACCAUACUGAACACCAUUAUUGUGACAA